ACGUUAAUAAGUAAAAAGAAAUGAAUUUGGCACUCUGGCCAGAUGUUACUGUUUAAGCUCCUUUGGGUUUGGUAAGUGAAGAGAGCGCAGUUGACUUGACUUCAUGUUUCUUCGCUUCUCAUCUUUCACUUUACGAACACUUCCCACAUAGCAAUUCAUUUCACUCUCAAUUCUUCAGCUCUUUGCUCAUACAAUCCAUUUCUGCAUUGUUUCUGGUGCACAUAGGAAAAUAAUGAGCAAUACCAUCCCGCUGUCAUCUUUGUCAGUCACACAAGCUUAUAGUAUUGAAAACCAUAGCACAGAUUAACAAUAACAAUAUAUAAGGAGAGAUGGCUGAUGCUGUAGUAGAAUUUCUCUUGGAGAAUCUUAAGCAGCUGUUACUUUAUCAUGUUGAAUUGAUUUCUGGAGUAAAGGAACAGGUGGAAUCUCUUCACAGGGAGCUUAGUCUGAUGAAUGCAUUCUUAAGAGAUUCCAAGGAGAAGCGAAGUCAGUAUGAAGUUGUAAGAGAAAUUGUCAGACAAAUCAGGGACGUAGCGUAUGAAACUGAAGACAUCAUUGAUACAUUUGUGGCUACUGCAGCUUUGCAAAGGUCAAGAAACAGGUUAAGCAGGUUCGUUCAUGCCUUUGAUUAUAAAAGUGUUGCAAGACAGAUUGAAUCCAUAAAAGUAAGAAUUAAGGAUAUAUAUGAUGCAAAGAAGUUUGGUAUUGAAAUUCUGAAAGGUGGAGGGUCAUCCACUAAGCGCUUGCCACAUAAAAGGGUUCCUGUGGUGGAGGAAGAUAAUGUAGUAGGUUUUGAUGAGGAGGCAAAAACAGUAGUUAAUCGACUUACUACUGGAUCGGAACAGCUUGAAGUGAUUUCUGUUGUUGGCAUGGGUGGCCUUGGGAAGACAACUCUUGCCAAAAAGAUAUAUACAGAUCGCUCUAUUGAGUAUCACUUCUUUAUUCGUGCAUGGGUUUAUGUGUCUCAAGAUUACAGUAGAAAGGAAGUGUUUCUUGCAUUAUUAGGUUCUCUUAAACAACUCAAAGAUGAAAUGCAUAAAAUGAGUGAUGAACAUUUGGCUGAUAUGUUACACGAGUAUCUGUCUACUGGUAAAUAUCUCAUAGUGAUUGAUGAUGUCUGGAAGAUAGAAACAUGGGAUGAUCUUAAAGUGGCUUUUCCAAACAGGAAUUGUGGAAGUAGGAUAUUGCUAACUAGUAGAAACACAGAUGUAGCUAUUCAUGCUAACCCUGUAAAUCUACCUCAUCCUUUGCGUUUUCUGACUACUGACGAGAGCUGGGAACUCCUACAAAAGAAGGUUUUCGGUAAAGGAAGCUGUCCUUCAGAGCUGGGGGACCUGGGAAAUCAAAUUUCAUUAAAAUGUGGUGGUCUACCUCUUGCAAUUGUGGUAGUUGCUGGUCUUCUGUCAAAGAAAGACAAGACACGUGAUUGGUGGAAGAAAGUAGCUGAUAAAGUCAGUACUUAUGUUGCCAGAGACCCCAAGCAAUGCUUGGAUGUUCUGGCACUAAGUUACCACCACUUGCCCGAUCACUUAAAGAUUUGUUUCAUAUAUUUUGGGGUAUUUCCUGAAGACUCUGCAAUACCUGUAUGGAAAUUGCUCAGAUUAUGGGUUGCUGAAGGAUUCAUACAGCAAACAGGGCAGGAAUGUUUGGAAGAUGUAGCAGAAGAAUACUUGGAGGAUCUUGUUGAGAGAAAUCUGAUAUUAGUAGCAGAAAAGAGAACAAAUGGUCGGUUGAAAUCAUGUAGAAUUCAUGAUAUGUUGCGUGACUUGUGCUUGAGGGAAGCUAAAGAAGAAAAGUUUCUGAAGGUAAUUGAACGCAAUUUUCAGGAUGCACCUAUGGGUCCGAUUAACGAUCGACGCCUUUGUAUUCACUCGCAUGUUCUGGACUAUAUUCGUUCAAAGCCUUCUAAUGCACAUGUUCGUUCUUUCUUGUGUUUUGCGAUAGAAGAAGUCGAAUUACCCAGAGCAAAUACGUCAUUCAUCCAUGAAGCCUUUAAGUUGGUUCGUGUGUUAGAUGUGAGGUCCAUUUAUCUUUAUCGUUUUCCGAGUGAUAUUGUCCAGCUAUUUCAUCUGAGGUAUGUAGCCAUCUAUGGCAAUUUUAAAGUUCUUCCAGAAUCCAUCUCCAAGCUUUGGAAUCUACAAACUCUCAUUGUUGAAACCACGGAGCGAGAAUUGGACAUUGAAGUGGAUAUAUGGAAAAUGUCACAGUUCAGGCAUCUCCAUACAAGUGGGUCCAGUCGUUUACAUGGCCCUCCUGCGAAAACCCGUAAACAAUAUGCAGAUCCAUUCGUAAGGAGAAAUAUGCAAACGAUUUCUACUAUUUCUCCCGACAGUUGUACGGAAAACAUAUUAGCAAGAACCCCCAAUCUUAAGAAAUUAGGAAUUCGUGGGAAGCUACUCACACUUAUGGAAGAAAAAGGAGGGUCUAGUAUGUUCGACAAUUUUGCCCAAUUAGGUAGCCUUGAAACUUUGAAGUUACUGAAUGAUGCAUUCCCUCUUUCACCUUUUCAGGCUAACCUCAAACGACUUCCUCAAAGCUACAAAUUUCCACCAAAUUUGAAGAAAUUAACUUUCUCUGACACCUUGUUGGAUUGGAAAAACAUGUCAAUUAUAGGUAUGCUGCCAUACCUUGAGAUACUGAAACUGAAAGAAAAGGCUUUCAUGGGACCACAUUGGGAACCUCUUGAUGGAGGUUUUGGUCUCUUGAGAGUCUUACAAAUUGGUAGAACAGAUUUGGUGCAGUGGGAUGCUUCCUCUCAUCACUUUCCUAGGCUUGAACGUGUUGUUCUCAAACAUUGUGAAAAUUUACGAUCAGUCCCUUAUGGUCUAGGUGGGGUAUCUGCACUAAAAAUGCUGGAAUUGUAUUGGCCCACACUUUCUGCUGCAGACUCUGCCAGGUUAAUUCAGCAACAGCAACAUAGUAUGAUGAAUGAUGGGUUUAAGUUGCUUGUAUAUCCACCUGGUCGCUAAGCGGAGCACAACUUCUCACCAAUAAAAUCUGUCUGCACUUGUAUGACUGACUGGUGAGUAAACAUGUUUCUGCUUACAUGUUGCCACAGGCGUUUUUUAUUAUGUGCACUUGCUCAAGACACAUUUUGUUAUACACUGCUUCGUUUGGCUUGAUGGCGGAGAGACCACCAUAAAUAAGGAAAAUCAGCAUUCCAGUUCCUUAAGAGCAUAUGAGUCACUUUUUCACUUUCAUCUGUCUACUUGUGUGAUGACUCCUUUAUUAUCUACACUUCUUGUUGGUGUGUUUCAGCUCUGCUAUAUCCUUGACUUGGUAGCAUUUCUGAUGCUAUGUAUUCGUAUCUUCUUACUUGUGCGAAGACUCCUUUAUUCUUUUUGAUACAGCUAUUUGUGUCAUCUAUUCUGUUAUAUAGGAGUAUAUGUUUUCUGCCUUUA